AUGAGGAUCAACUCCAAGGAUCCAGCGGGUACACACGCAAGCACAGGUAACGAGCAUCUCGCUGGCGUUCACCAGUCGAGAGCUUCUAUUAGAUCGCCAAACCUUGAACAUAAUUUAAACGACAGUCGCCAGGAGCGCCAUAAUGGAUCGACACACACCCCUCGUUCUAAACCUCCUAGCUCGGCAGUGAUUGAACCCCGCUCCGCUCUUCCACAACGCCGAGAUAAUGAUAAAUGCAACGUCCUAAAGAAACUUAUGAAUAGCUUUACAUUCUUCAACGUAUUAGUCCUUUUAUUCGCCUGGUUAAUUUGCUUUUUUCCUGCCGCAGAAAAGCCAAUAGAGGAAUCGCCAUGGGUUGAUUUUGUCCGAGCUCAGAAACAAUUCGGGCUCAUACCACGCUCAACAAGCAUACUGAGACAGGGAUAUUCCGAUAUUCGUAAAGUUGGCGAGAUUCUCGACGAACUCAGUGGAUCAGUACUAAACUCUACUCUCGUGUUUCGGAAGCCUAUCGUAUCACAGCUGCAAACGGUUCUGGAUUCAGCUACUGAAGCCGACUAUCGCCUACUCGAGCUAGAAGAGGCCAUUCGAAGAGCAUUUGAUAAUGUUAUCAAGGCGAGCCAGCGGAAUAUUCACGAGCUCGAGAUACUCCUCGCGCCGCGUGAUGCAUUGACAGGGUUCAUUCCCAAAUCUAUUCAAGCCUAUGCGGUACGACGAAAACGCCGCCGACAUUUGGUCAGCGCAUGCGACGAAAUGUUGACCGAGGUCAAACCCUUUAUGGAACUGAUUGAGGGCUUGGAGGCGUCACUCCAGUUUCAAUCCGACUCAGCCACUGCACUCAAUACGUAUUUUCGGCGAAAUAACUUCCGUACCAGUGACCAUAUCGGAGAAUUGCUGGCAGACUUAUUGUCCCGUGUAGGGCCCGGCACGCGAGGGAACAGGCAUAACGCCAGGGUCCUCCUCUCUCAUUUCUUCUCUCACAUGGAGGAGGCAACUCGACAUGUCGAGCUUAUACAACUUGUCCUCGAAUCGAUCAUGGCGACCAUUCAUGGUUUCGAAAGGAAGCUCGCAGAUGGGACUAUUUUGGAUGAGGCCAUCUUUCCAGUACGACGAGACAUUGCUGUACUCAAGAAUGGGUUCGCGGCUCUGGAGAAAUACAAGGAUAUUCUCGGAUAG